AUGGAAGAGAACAGUAACCCGGAGAAAAAAAAUAGAUCCAGGAUUUCUUUUGACCUGGCUAUAAGCGCCUUCAACCUUCUUGUUGCAGCUGCACAGAUAGGGUAUCAUCAUCUGACUUCUGGAAACCCAAACGACCGCAUUGUAGACAUUUCAAAAUUUGCAACUUCUGCCGUCCUCUUGGUUUCAGUCCUCAAGGUUCUUUACCAACUACGCAGAUUUACAGGUGAUCAUGGUGCAAGAAAGAUGAACAGAAUUAAGAUUCUUUUGAUGGUUAUGUAUCUACUGUCCUUUAUUAUUGGCGCCGGACUGCUCUUUACUAAGUCUGAUAAGCUGAGUGAUCUGAAGAUAGAGGACCAUGCCACCAUUGUGUCUAUGGCGUCGUUGCUGGGAAUGGUCGUCUCUUCCGGGCUCCUAGACUUCAAGCACCUUCCAAAGGGCAACUACGUCGACUACCUCAUCAUAUUCUCCUCCCUUGUUCUAAUUCUAAAGCUUGCAACCUUCUUUCCUCCUCUUAGUAAGCACACCGGGAUACCAGAUGCAGCCAAGUGGGGAUGCAUAGUCGUGGGACUCGUUGUCCCCCUCAUCCAAAACCUUCUUUCUCCAGGGAGCAUCUCAGAGCCGGUCUCCCACGAGGACUUUGCUAUGUUUAAUGUUUUGAGCCUACUCAUUCUUGUUCUUGGAAUUGCCAUAGUGUCAUCUCCACACAUUCGCAAAUGGUGGCAAAGCGACAAAGUGAAGCCAAAAAUAGUGACACCAAAAGUAGAAGAGACAGUCUAA